CCUAGACACACUUUUGGCGAAACCGUGAAAUCGAUCGGAUCAGUCUCAACCCUCUCGUUUGUAUCUAUGAUCGCUAAAAAAAAAAAAAAAAUUGUAAAGAAGGCGGGGACCACUGAUUUGAUCACUUGUUCACGGGGCGAAGGUAAGAAAAAGUAGGUACCUAGGUAGGUAUCGUCGUGCUCGCAAGCGGUGACUCAGCGUCGGAUUUCAUCAAGUCCUCUUGCAAGCCAAAUAUAUCCUACAGUAUCGGUAGCGUUCAAAAUUCGUCAGCACCGUCAAGCCAACAUAAAAGUAGAGACAUCGAUGCCAUUUAUGCACGCCAUUGCGCCGAUAAGCUUGUGCUAAACUUGAUUCAAAACCAAUCAUCAAACCGGAAUGAGCCAGCCCAUCACCAGGAAAUCAAAUCGAUCAUGGCAAGCACACCUCUACCGGAUCAUAUGCAGCCCACCUACGUGGACGAGAUCCUCAAGCCACUAGAAAGCAGGAUUUCCGAACUCCUCGACGAGUUCUGUCCCGCCAAUCAGGGAACCGAGAGGCUGAACGACGUCAAGAAGCUGGUGGUCAACUACACAGUUCUCCAGAUCCUCACGCAAACUUUUGACCCCAACCUCUGUGUCACGCCUCGCCCGAAAGACCUGGCUCAGGCCGAAGCCUGGGUAGAACACUACUGCCGCGAUUCGUUCAUCUACCCUGGCGACGAGCCGCCCAAGAACUCGGGCUUCGCCGGCGACGGCAAGGAGUUUUACUCGACACUUAUUACGCACAUCUUGGCUGAUAUCGUGCCCGCUCUCAACUCGCAGGCGCUUUCCUCGCGCUACUACGGAUUCGUGACGGGGGGUGUCCAUCCCGUGGCGCAGGCUGCUGAUAAUGUGGUUACGGCACUGGAUCAGAACGUCCAGGUUCACAUGCCUUCGACUCAUUCCAUAAGCACCGUUGUGGAGCAUCAUGCUCUUUCGAUGCUCCGCUCGCUCUUGGAUUUGGAUGGGUUCCAUGGCAAAACCUUCACGACUGGAGCAACAGCAAGCAAUAUCAUGGGCCUUGCGUGCGGUCGGGAGGCGGUCAUCUCGGCAAGGCUGCCCGAAUACGCAAAAAAGAGCGGAGGAGUAGGCGAGCUGGGGCUCUUGGCUGCGUGUAUGGCGGCGGGCGUAAAGGAAGUACAGGUUUUGACGAGCAAGGGCCACUCAUCCCUUUACAAGGCGGCGAGUGUCGUGGGGUUGGGGAGAGCGGCGGUCAAGGAUUUGGGGUUCGCAGAUGCCCCUUGGGUAUUGGACUUGAAAGCCGUGGAGCGGGAAUUGCAGCGCGAGGAUGUGGCGAACAUCAUCGUGGUGAGCGCGGGUGAGGUAAACACCGGGCAGUUUGGGACGACUGGCGAAACCAUGAAAGAGCUGAGGCAGUUGGCCGAUCGAUACAAGGCGUGGAUCCACAUUGAUGGAGCAUUCGGCAUAUUUGCGCGCGCCCUUCCCAAGACUGAGAGGUUCGCCAAACUGUUUGAGAGGACUGCUGGCUUGGAGUUGGCGGACAGUAUAGCUGCUGAUGGUCACAAGUUGCUAAAUGUGCCCUAUGAUAACGGCAUCUUCUUCUGCAGCAGUCCGGAAGUUAUGAGCCAUGUCUUCCAAAACCCUAACGCGGCAUACCUAGCGCCAGUGGCAUCAACGUCAAGCUCUGGUACCACCACCGACAUUCAAAGCCCCUUACACGUAGGCCUUGAAAACUCGCGACGGUUCCGUGCCCUUCCUGUAUAUGCUCUUCUCGUGCAUCUCGGCCGCGGUAAUAUGGGCGAAAUGCUGGCAAGGAUGGUCGACCUAGCGCGAAGAAUUGCCGCAUUCAUCCGGGGCUCGGACAAGUACGAUUUGCUGCCCGAUGAAACAGCUGAUAUCGACUGCACGCACGUCAUCGUCUUGUUCAAGGCAAAGAAUCCCGACCUUAAUGAGGUCUUGGUAGAGAAAAUCAACGAGACAAGGAGGAUGUAUGUGAGUCCAACAAAGUGGAAUGGCGAGAAUGCGGUACGGAUUGCUGUAGGAAGUUGGAGGGUUGAUGUUGAAGAAGAUCUGGCGGCUGUGAAGUUGGUGUUGAACUCGCUAUAACAAUCUCUUGCAUCUGUUGUGAGCCUUCAGUUGGUCAAUGCGUCAAAAUAUCCCUCUAAGCGAGAAGGUCCGCGGUUGAGCAGCGUCAUAACAGGUUUGCAAACCUGGUCACUUGACCCUGCUGCUAGAAUCGGAGAGGGAAAAGAAAGAAAAGAAGAACGAUUGAAAACUGAAUAUUGGACAGCACGAAUCAUUCACUUCAUU